CUGUAAAUAAACCAUCGCGAUGAAGAGGACAAGUUUAUAGCAGACACUGUUUCACCGCUAGCCGACUCCCUGGCAUCGCCCUUAGGUAGCACGGCUGGGCACAGGCCCGGUGCAUUGCCGUGGAAUGCACCGGCGUCUGUAGCUCAGGCCGCACUGUAUUGAGUCGGGAGGACGGCGCUGGGAGCGUCCAGGAUUAAAGUGCUGCGCGGGAGCGCGCAGGGAACGCGCACGGCUCGGUGCAGCUGGGAGGACUGCUCGGGAGGAGGGGAUACUAGGCGAUAAGGAAGCUCAGCUGCCUGGAAUCUCCUCACCUAUUGUCUGUGGAUAUGUUCCCGUCCGCCCGCUGCUAACCGGCAAACACUUUCCGGCCAUCCUCGCCCUUCAUUGUUCUGGUGGCCAUGGGCUCGCUGUGAGGAUUCCGCCGGGACGCCGACUAUCAUAGCUUGGACGCACGCAGGGCUGGGCACUGUACCUAGCAUUCACAAGGACGACAGCUAGGAGGGAUCGGCGCCGCCUUGGGGAUAUUACUCAUAACGUUUUGCUUCUACUUUAUCUUUUCCCCCCCUUCCCAACGGGUGACUAUAGCUGAGGGAAGGUACGGGGAGCAAGCAUGUCGGGAAGUCGGGAAGAUGAGCGCCGCAAACUGGCCGACAUCAUUAACCACUGGAACGCCAACCGGCUGGACCUGUUCGAAAUCAGCCAACCCACCGAGGACCUGGAGUUCCAUGGAGUGAUGAGGUUUUACUUCCAAGACAAAGCUGCAGGAAACUUUGCUACAAAAUGCAUUAGAGUUUCAAGCACAGCCACAACGCAAGAUGUCAUAGAAACCUUGGCAGAGAAGUUUCGGCCUGACAUGAGAAUGUUGUCCUCUCCUCGAUACUCUUUAUAUGAAGUUCACGUCAGUGGAGAAGAAAGAAGACUUGAUGUUGACGAGAAGCCUUUGGUGGUUCAACUUAACUGGAAUAAGGAUGACAGGGAAGGAAGAUUUGUGCUCAAGAAUGAAAAUGACAUUAUACCUCCAAAGAAGGCUCAGAGUAAUGGGCCUGAAAAGGAGGGUGUAAUACAGAAUUUUAAGAGGACCCUUUCUAAGAAAGAAAAGAGGGAGAAAAAGAGACGUGAAAAAGAAGCAAUAAAAUUAGCCAUUGAUAGUCAAGAUGGACAGCAGCCAAAAGAUGACUUUGAGAACUCCCACUUUGCUGCUGAAGUUUACAAAGAUAUGCCAGAAACCAGUUUUACACGCACAAUAUCCAAUCCUGAAGUAGUGAUGAAAAGGAGAAGACAGCAGAAACUAGAAAAGCGAAUGCAAGAGUUUCGAAGCUCUGAUGGCCGUCCAGACUCUGGUGGGACUUUACGAAUAUAUGCUGACAGUUUAAAACCCAAUAUCCCAUACAAAACCAUCCUGUUGUCCACAAAUGAUACAGCAGAUUUUGCUGUUAUUGAAGCAUUGGAAAAGUAUGGGAUGGAGAAGGAAAUUCCCAGGGAGUUCUGCAUUGCAAUGAUAAUAUUACCUCCAGGCACUCAACAUUCGGAUAAAGCUAUGAAAGAAACCAUACUGGAUGAUGAGGAGUGUCCAUUACAGAUAUUUAGAGACUGGCCAAGUGAUAAAGGGGAACUUGUGUUUCAGUUGAAAAGAAGGCCCUCAGACUACCUCUCAAAGAAGCACAGAAAACCAGAAGGAAAGAUCUCAAAGGGCAAGGAUAGAUUGGAAACCUACAGUUAUUUUCUUUCUCCAGACAAGCUACCUUAUUUGGUAGAAUUAAGUCCAGGCAGAAGGAACCACUUUUCCAACUUCGGUUUUCAUGAAGAUGGUUCAGACUCUAGAGAUAAGCCAAAGCUUUAUAGACUUCAGAUGAGUGUCACAGAGGUUGGAACGGAAAAACUGGAGGAGAAUUCAAUACAGUUAUUUGGACCAGGGAUACAGCCCCAUCACUGUGAUCUUACAAAUAUGGACGGUAUAGUGACGGUUACUCCAAGAAAUGUUAAUGCAGAUACAUACGUUGAUGGUCAGCGCAUCUCUGAAACCACCAUGUUACACAGUGGUGUGAAAUUGCAGUUUGGGUCCUCCCAUGUUUUUAAAUUUGUGGAUCCCAGUCAUGAUCAGUUGCUGGGUAAAACGCCUUCAGAUGCUGGACAGAUGGUUAGAGGACAAAGAAAUAAGACUGGAGUUCAUGAAACAGAAUUUGGAAUGGAAGGAGCUUCGCUGCAAUCCAAUAAGGUCCCCACUAAAGUGGAUAGUGAUAGGAUGCCAGGCACUACAGAACGUGGCAUGGUAAAACCAAUUAUUCGACAAGACAAGCAACAUGAAUAUCGUGGACUGGAUGGAAGACCUCAGGAGUCACACGGAUCAGAUCAUGUAUUGCCUGCAAGCAUUGAGUUUAGAGAAAAUUCGGAAGACUCGUUCCUUUCUGCUAUUAUUAACUAUACCAAUAGUUCGACGGUGCACUUCAAACUUUCACCAACAUAUGUCUUGUAUAUGACCUGUCGGUAUGUAUUGUCUAAUCAGUACAGACCGGACAUCAGUGCAGCUGAACGUACUCACAAGGUUAUUGCUGUUGUGAGCAAGAUGGUUAGCAUGAUGGAAGGUGUUAUACAGGAAGUAGACCAGGGUGACCAGAAACAAAAAAAUAUUGCUGGAGCACUUGCAUUCUGGAUGGCAAAUGCAUCUGAAUUACUUAAUUUUAUAAAACAAGACAAAGAUCUCAGUCGAAUCACAUUAGAUGCUCAGGAUGUGUUGGCACACUUGGUUCAGAUGGCUUUCAAAUAUUUGGUGCAUUGUUUACAGUUGGAACUGAGCAAUUACAUGCCUACAUUUUUAGAUGAUCCAGAAGAAAACCACUCACAAAGGCCUAAGAUAGAUGAUGUUCUGCAUACAUUGACUGGAGCAAUGUCUCUUCUGAGGCGUUGUCGGGUGAAUGCUGCUUUAACUAUACAGCUUUUCUCUCAGCUGUUCCACUUCAUCAAUAUGUGGCUGUUCAAUAGGCUUGUCACUGACCCCGACUCUGGCUUGUGUUCUCACUACUGGGGAGCUAUAAUUCGUCAGCAGCUAGCUCAUAUAGAGGCAUGGGCUGAAAAGCAAGGCUUGGAGCUUGCUGCAGAUUGUCACCUUAGCAGAAUAGUUCAGGCAACUACGCUUCUUACCAUGGAUAAGUACACUCAUCAAGAUAUCCCCAAUAUUAACAACACCUGCUUUAAACUGAACUCCUUGCAACUGCAGGCUCUUCUGACCAAUUAUCACUGUGCCCCAGAUGAACCUUAUAUUCCUACGGAGCUAAUAGAAAGUGUCAGAUCAGUAGCUGAGAAUACGGCCGAUGAACUGGCUCGCAGUGAUGGACGAGAGGUUCAGCUGGAGGAAGAUCCUGACUUACAACUACCUUUUCUAUUACCUGAAGAUGGUUAUUCUUGUGAUGUGGUUCGAAACAUACCUAAUGGUUUACAGGAAUUUUUGGAACCACUGUGUCAAAGAGGUUACUGUAGACUUAUCCCUCAUACACGUUCACCUGGAACUUGGACAAUCUACUUUGAAGGUGCUGACUAUGACAAUCACCUACUGACUGAAAACACAGACAUGCCACUAAGAAAAGACCCUGAAAUAAUUACUGUGACAUUAAAGAAACAGAAUGGCAUGGGAUUAAGUAUUGUAGCAGCAAAGGGUGCAGGACAAGAAAAACUUGGCAUCUACAUAAAAUCAGUUGUGAAGGGAGGAGCUGCAGAAGUGGAUGGCCGUCUAGCAGCAGGAGACCAGCUCCUUAGUGUAGAUGGAAGAAGUCUAGUGGGGCUGUCUCAAGAAAGAGCUGCUGAACUUAUGACACGAACAGGUUCAGUUGUCACACUCGAAGUAGCAAAACAAGGAGCAAUAUACCAUGGCCUAGCAACAUUGCUAAAUCAGCCAUCUCCUUUGAUGCAAAGAGAUCGCCGUGGCUCAGGGAAACCACGACCAAAGAGUGAAGGUUUUGAGCUUUAUAGUAACACUGGUCAGAAUGGGUCACCUGAAAGUCCCCAAAUGCCUUGGCCAGAAUACUCCGAACCAAAGAAAUUACCAGGGGAUGAUCGACUGAUGAAAAACCGCGCUGAUCAUCGUUCCAGUCCCAAUGUAACAAAUCAGCUUCAAAGUCCAGGAGGAAAGAAUGCAUAUGUCAGUGCAGCACCAGUUAAGAUCACAUCAGCCUCUACAGGAAAUUUGUGUUCAGAGGAACCACAGCUACCAUCAAGACCAGAAGCCUAUCCGAUUCCAACACAGACAUAUACAAGAGAAUAUUUUACUUUUCCAAAUCCUAAAUCCCAAGAUCGCAUAACUCCUGCACAAGGCCAGUGGCCAGAUUAUGAGGACAAAGGACAUCCCCAAGUUGGAAGCAACCACUCAAGCAAUACGUCUGUUCAACGAAUUGCACAUUCCCAAGAAGAGUUGAGAGAUGAGCCAGGAUUUCAGUCAGACCGAGGUCAUAUAGAGUCUGCCAUGCACAAAGAUUUGGACUUUUUAGACAGAAAGAUAGAUAAGGAUGGUUGGAUGAGUCAAACAUCUACUUUGGAAUCUAGUACAUCCAGCCAAGAACAUCUAAACAGUUCUAUGAAAAUGUAUUCUUCAGCCUCAUCAUUAAACAAAUCUGGUCCUGGACGUUGGAAAACUCCUGUUGCAUCUCAGUCUGCUCCAGUUGCUGGGUCACAGCCUAUUAGAACAGAUCUACCACCACCACCACCACCACCAAUGCAUUAUGGAGAAGACUUUGAAAAAUUUGAGGGUGUGCCCGUUGAUUUACCACUCCCACCACCACCAUUACAAAAUCAGUUGGAUCCUCAAUCAAAUUCACAGUCUGCUGCCUUAGAGAGGAAAAAAAGAGAAGAACAUCAGAGAUGGUAUGAGAAGGAAAAAGCCCGCUUAGAGGAAGAAAGAGAAAGAAAGAGAAGAGAACAAGAGAGAAAACUUGGGAAAGUACGGACCCAACCUGUUGCUCCUCCACAGGUUGUUAUUCCACAGCCUUUAGUACCAGUACCACCUCCAAGUAUACCACAGACCAAACCAGAGAAACCUGCCAGUUUUUCCCUUCCACAAGAAACAGUUAUCCGGGAAUUGCAACCUCAACAGCAGCCACGCACAAUAGAGAGACGAGACCUUCAGUAUAUUACAAUUAGCAAAGAGGAACUUUCUUCCAGUGACAGCCUUUCUCCUGAUCCGUGGAAACGUGAUGCCAAGGAGAAGUUGGAAAAGCAGCAACAAAUGCACAUUGUGGAUAUGCUCAGCAAGGAAAUAAAUGAACUUCAAAAUAAAUCAGAACGAUCUUCUGAAGAGAAUGACAGAUUGCGCAAAUUAAUGCUAGAGUGGCAGUUCCAGAAGAGACUCCAAGAGUCCAAGCAGAAAGAUGAGGAUGAUGACGAGGAUGAAGAAGAUGACGAUAUGGACAGUAUACUUAUUAUGCAGCGCCUGGAAGCUGAAAGAAAAGCAAGGCAGACUGCUGUGCCAUCAAUCUCUGUUCUAGAUUUGUUACAGGAUGAAGAAAGAAUGCGGCAGCAACAGCUGGAAGAAAUUCGCAAAAGAGAGGCUGAAGAGCGAGUUAGACUAGAGGAGGAAAGGAGGAAUCAAGAGGAGGAGCGGACAAAGCGAGAAGCUGAAGAAAAGAGAAGGCAAGAAGAGGAGUAUUACAAUCGCUUGGAAGCAGAAAGGCGCAGGCAACAUGAGGAAGCAGAACGAAAAUUGCUAGAAUCUGAAGAGACUGGUCUGUACAGACCUCCACUCCCACAGGAAUAUGAACACCCAUACUCUCCUCUCCUAUCUAACGCUCCGCCUCCCCCUCCUCAAAGAAACACUUCCUACCUCAAAACACAGGCCCUUUCACCUGACACUGUUUACACUGCCAAGUUUGUUGCAUACACUGAUGAUGAGGAAGACACAAACCUAGCAGGUCAGGAUAAGUACUCCAUCACAAGAAAGUCUUAUGGUGACCUCCCUCCAGCUGCAUCUAAGCCACAGCUGCCUGUUGCACGCCAACCUCGUCCUGUGUCCGAUGGCAUCUUUCUUUCAAACUCAUUCCAGCCAACUGCAGCCAAUGCCAACAGUACUGGUAAAAAAACAGGCCUGGCCCCUCCCAUAUCAAAUAAACCAAGUUUUCUCCUCCAAAGCAUCUCCAGAGGGUCAAAUUCUUACACUGGAUCAACAGGUGCGGUAGUUGGAAACACUGAAAUGUACAAGGAUUUUAGAGACAAAAGAAUUAAAAGCCAGGACUGUGAUACCACGAAUACUGGUGGAGCUCCUGAAAGCUUGACCUUUAAGGAACGUCAGCGUCUUUUCUCCCAAGGACAAGAUGUUUCAAACAAAGUAAAAGCCUCCCGCAAAUUAAUGGAACUGGAGAAUGAGCUAAAUACAAAAUAAUUAUGGAUGAUGUCACUGAAGAACCUCUUAUGAAUUUAUAGUUUAUCUUUUUAAUCAUAGGACUUUGGGAGGGGUUGAUGGGUAAAGGUGGGUAAAGGGGAGAAAUAUAUUUUUUUCUGUAAAGAACAAUUUUAUGAUUCAUUUAUUCUAAGACUGUUCAUUUGAAAUCUAGAAAAACUGCAAUAGUAAAAAGCUUUUUUCCUCUUUAAAAUUGUGUAAAUUUAGAUAUUUAUAUACAUUGAUUAUACUGCAUUGCGAGUGCUUAAUGGCUGUUUCUCCUGGUUAAUAAACUACAGAGAAAAAGUAAUCUAUAAAGUC